AUGGUAGAACAUUAUACAGAACUUAGAGUAACUGUCCAUUUAGCCUCAUAUGAAGAAUUUCACGCUCUCAGCAUGAUUGUUGCCAAUCAAACUUUAACUCUUGAGAGACAUAUGCCUGGAAGUAAGAACGUUAAGGCUGACGCUUUGUCUCGAAGUUUUUGUGCUUUUCAACCUCCUGACACUCCUCCUGAACCCGUCUUACCACCUAAUAUCAUUGUGGCAGCAUUGUCCUCGGAUCUUGCGACUGCUAUUGAGACAGUACAAUACCGAGUUCUGGCGCAGAUACCCUCAGAUAAGUUAUUUGUUCCUGGGCAUUUUUGUCUCCGGCUGCUGGAUGAUGUCAAGUCGUAUGUCUCUGGUUGCGAGAUUGAGAAUCUGACUAAUUUCAAAGAGUUUUUCCUCUUGGGAUUUCAAGGCAGCUUAUUGCUAAGAAUUGUACUCUUCUGUCUGUUUUUUGUAGUAUUCUGGGUCACAGUAUGUGGAAAUCUCCUAACCAUCACCCUGGUGUCCACCAGCAUAAACCUGAACACUCCAAUGUACUUCUUUAUCUCACAACUGUCCAUCAGUGACAUCAUGUUAACCUCAGAUAUUACUCCCAAAAUGCUCCACACUCUGCUGAAUCAUGGGGAAACCAUUACUUUGAUUGGCUGUAUGACACAAGUUUUUUUCUUCUGUGCUAUAGAAACAUCAGAAUGUCUCCUCCUCACAGUGAUGUCUUAUGACAGGUAUGUGGCCAUCUGUAAGCCCCUCCGUUACAGCUCUAUUAUGACAAACACAUAUUGUGUGACGUUGGUUGUGUUCUUUUGGUCAGUCAGCUUUUUCAUGGCAUUCAUAGAUAUUUUAACACUGUCAAGGCUAUAUUUCUGUGAACUAAAUGUCAUUGACCAUUUGUUCUGUGAUAUUCUUCCUUUGCUGAAACUUUCCUGUUCUGAUACAUUUCCUAUGAAACUACAAAUGUCUUUACUAUGUAUUCCAUUUCUCAUUAUUCCCAGCAUAAUAAUUGUUGUCUCUUAUGUGAAUAUUGCCCGUGCCAUCUUACAGAUCCCAUCUAAUAUCAGUAGACAGAAAGCCUUCUCCACCUGUAGCUCCCACCUCAUUGUGGUCUCCAUAUUUUACUGGACGAUAUUUAGCAUUUAUAUUCUUCCAACAAAUGGAACAUCAGACAUGAAUAAAAUCCUAUCCCUGUUGUAUACUGUGUUUACUCCAUUGGUCAAUCCUAUUAUCUACAGUCUGAGGAAUAAAGACAUCAAGAAAGCCGUACAGGACACUAUUCAGAAAUAUGUAUAA